AUGCCGACGGGACAAAUGGUUUCACAACUUUCUAGAUCAGGAACAAUCCUUUUUCAAGUAACGUGGGACUGGCUAUUCGUCCCCACCGGCACGGGAAGCCAUCAUGGAAGUGAGCAUCCGGGGCUAAGCGAGAUUACUCGGCAUUUGACCCCAAAUCUCGGAGCAUAUAAGAUGGCAUCGUAUGAAAAUGCCGAUCACCGGGAGCCACGGUAUAUCCUCCCAAAAUUCGAAGAUCUCCCGCCUGUAGCUGGCCAGCCGCAAGGAUGCCUCUGGGGGUUCUUUGACAAGCCUGGCAAGAAAGACGAGUUAGGAACUCUCAACUUCCUCAGCCCGUCGGUGGUGCGGGAGGCAGCAAAAGAGAUCCAAUUCGGGAAUCAUGUCCAGCUUGACUGGUCCAUGAAUAAUCUACAAUUCCCGGGAUCUGGACGGGCUACAUUGUGUCAUCAUGUCAAAGAGAUGGAGGCUGAGGGCUUUGUUGGUCUUGACGACGAAAUUUAUAUCAAUACCCAGACUAGUUCACAGUGGGAUAGUCUCAAACACUGGGCGAUUCAGGACCAAGCGGUUUUCUAUAACGGGCUCACAUUAAAGGAUGCUAUUAAGGGGCCCGAGAACGGAAUCCAUAACAUUUGCGAGCGCGGGGGCAUUGUUGGACGAGGCAUCUUAGUUGAUUGGCUGAGAUGGUGGCAGCACCACAAUCCAACAAGCACUCCUCCUAGCCCUGACACCAAUUGGGCCAUUCCGCUGUCAGAAAUCGAAGAAACCUUAAAAUGGCAAGGCACGCAAUGUAAACCGGGUGAUAUAUUCAUCCUUCGGACAGGAUUCGUCAAAUGGCACGAGACGGCAGAUCCCGAGGCAAGGGCCAAAGGCGUCAGAUCUUGCCAAUAUAUUGGAGUCGAAGGCAACAUGGAAACCGUCAGGUGGCUAUACGAUAAACAAUUUUCUGCUGUGGCCUGCGAUACCAUGGGAUUCGAAGCUUGGCCUUAUGCUCAGGACUGUUGCUUGCAUGAGUGGCUACUGUGUCAGUGGGGUACUCCGAUCGGGGAAUUAUGGGACCUGGAAAAGCUGAGCACACAAUGCGCGGGGUUGAACAAGUGGUCUUUCUUCCUGACUAGUGCGCCGUUGCAUCUUAAGGGUGGAGUGGGCUCGCCUCCUGGGGCUAUUGCUGUAUUGUAG